CUCGGUUUCCUCCCCAGAGCCCAGGUCUGAGAACCUCCUCGCGUUAGCGCUUGGCACUCUGUCCCAUCCAAGUUCAAGUAACGUGCCUCCUGAGGAGUAAAGAAGGUGAACUAGAAAGGGGAAAAGAGACACAAGAAUGUCAGGCAACGAAGAAAGGAAGAGUCAAGGAGUUCCUGAAGAAGCUCUGGCUAAACAAGACAUAUCUUCAUUAACUGAUGCUGUCGAGCAAGUUGCACAGCAACAACAAUCACAAGCAUCAGAAAUAGAAAAAAACAAAAAAGUUCUGUUCAAUUUGCAGAAUGAACUUCAUGAGCUUAAAACACAAAUAGCAUCUGUCUCUGCAGAAACUAAAGAAACGGAAAGGCAAAUUUAUCAGCAAGAUGCUGCCAUACAGACUACCAAACUUCAGUGUGGAAACCUGGAAAAUCAAAUCAAAUCCUUACAUACAGAAAAUGUGAAGCUUAAAUUUGACAUAGAGGCAGCACAAGAAGAUUUUGAGGAACAAAUGAUAAGAUAUAAUGAAUACUAUGCAAAAAUAAAAGCACAUAAAGAUAGUUUGAGAGAGGUAGAGAGCAAAUGGUCAUUCAUGACUGAACUCAAUGAGAAACGAGACCUUGUUAAAAAACUAAAGACAAUGAAAGAGGAACUUAUGCAUCUCCAAAAUCCAGAAGGAAACCUGAUGAAACAAGUACAGGAAGACAUUAUAAACCUAAAGGAUAAAAUUAUAACUGUAAAAGAAUCCAUCAUUGAAAAAACUUGUUUUCUUGAGGAAGAAAAAAAGACACAUGAAAAAUUAAGAAAAGAAAUAGAGGUACAACAUAAGAGAUAUGGUGCAAUUCUUAAGCGUUUGCACUGUCAGGUGAACAAGCUUCAGUCAGAUAGAAGACAAUGGCAAUGGAACAUUCAACAGCUGCAAAAAACUGCAGCUGAACUGAGAAAAUGCAUUGGAACGGAAGAUUAACAUGGCCAAGGGUAAUGUAGUAUAGGGUAAUGCUGAGCACAGACUAUGCCACAAAAAUUAUGGGAUAGAAAGGUGAGAAUAUCCUUUGGGUCUUAACAAAUGACAUCCACUAUCAGAGGGCUCUCUUAAUGACAGAUAUGUUUUCUUUUCUUUGAAUCAGUCAUCUGUUUGCUGAAAUGCCUUCCAACCCGAUAAUUGAUAGCAAUAGAGAGACAAUAGGAAGACUCACAGAAGAAUAGUGAAAGACUCUGUAUGAAUAUUUUGAGUGUAUAAGAUAUAUUGUACUCAUGAAUGCCUGUUUAUAAACAUGUUGCCUUCACUUAGCACAUGAAGCAAAAAUUUAGAAGAAAAGAAGCAUUUGAAUUUACAGUGGUUUAAAUUGUUAAGAUAUUUUAAAUGGUUGUCUGUUUCAAACUACCUGCUUUUUACCCCUGGCUUCAAAGCAGUCCAUAAAUGUUGACAUUUAUAAUAAGGUUGUUAUGUGUUCAAGGCUUCAGAUAUUUACUUAGAUUUUCUCUUUUAUCCAGAAGGUAACAAUCAUUUUUCUUUGCUGUUGGAUAACAUAUUUUUAGAGUGUUACAAUGUAUACAAUUUUUUGUUCACUUUUCUGUCUGUAUGUUCUUUCUUACUAUUCUAUAGCUAAAUUGAAUUUAUAACAUCAUGUAAGGCAAACAUACCAGCUCUUAAUGUUAACUAAUGUAGACUAACAUUUUUUUUCUCAUUGAAAGUCAUAUACUAUGUCCACAGCAACAAACUUGUGCCUUUUAGAAUAAAAGCGCUCCUUC